AUGGGUGACAACAUCAGAACCAAGCGAUUAGGAAAUGUAUGGCAAUAUUUCGAUUUGUCAGAGGACGAAGUGGACAGCGAUCCAACUUGGAAACCAAGUUCCUAUCUAUCGAAAAAGACAAACAUCAUCCAACAGCGUGUUCCGGCAAUGAAUGGUACUAAAAAGGAGGUAUCAAACAGUGAUGAGUUCACCAAACAGGAAGAAACUGCUGAAAAUGAAUUAUUUACUCCAAUAAAUUUCAACUCAAUCAAAAUGGUCAACGACUCGAAAACACCACUUGAUGAGAAAAUAACAGCAAAGAGAAACAAAUACGUCAAAGGCUCUACGAGACUGAAACUGAUGCAGGAGUUUGAUAAGAAACAAUUCAUAACAAAAAACGAAGCUAACAGAAUAAGCAAAAAGCUCAACAUUGGAUUGAAAGGAAGAGCGAUUUAUAAGUUUUAUGCAAACGCAAGACAAAAUGCUCUGGAACAGUACAAACUUGGGAUCACUGCAGAGCUGCCAUGUCAGAUGACAAAAAUUGAAAACUUCUUCAAAAAUAGUAGUGAUCCCACCGAGGAAGAAUGGCAGAGUUGUAUAAAAGAAGCAAGAGUAAACACUUACCAGGGGCCUGCUGUCAGCUUCGUUCCAGAUUCAGGCGCUCCCGAUGGUUUCGAUCUUGCAUGGAAUCAAAUUUACAACGAAGAACUCAAUGCACUAACCUCCUUCAAAGAAGAGUUGUUCAUGAGAACCGUAUUUUUGUUGAUGCACUACUCGGUUGCUCGCUAUAACCAAAACCCUGGAAACGAUGGAAGAAUAGGCUUAAUUCCAAUUGAAUGGUCCACCCGCAUACUGAUGGAUAGUAAAUGUGAGGAAAACGAUUUGAAGAAGAAUACAUUUUUCUGGUCCCUUGACAUCAACAUUUGCCUCCUUCCAUUCCACUUUAACGAUCACUAUAUCCUGGUCAAGCUGAACAUUUCAGCGAACAAAGCAGAUCUGUUUGAUUCAUUGCCCACAGGAAAAGAAAACCCAAAAGUACCUGGAAAAAUCAAGAAGGCCAUUUGGGUCAUAGCCAACGCUUUGGGAAUGAAUGAGCCAAGAAUCAGAAGACAGUUAUGCAACUUCCAAAAAGAUUCUCACUCCUGUGGCGUUUUUGCUGUUGCGAAUUGCGAAGAAAUAUGCGGACUGAAAAGGACCAACUUGUCGUCAAACAGAGAACUGAACGAAAAACGGGAAAAAUUUAAACAACAAAUUUUGGGUGCUCUCAACUCAGGCGAGUAUUAUAUGGAUCCGGAUGCUGUGUGA